AGCCUGCUCCUGAGCUGUUGCUUCUUGCCUCUGACUUGUAAACAAGACCUAGGAGAACAUGCAAAUGGAAAGUCACAAACCUUUGGGUGUUUGAAAGGAUCCUUGGGACCUUAUGUACAUCUGCGGAAACUGGAUGGAGAGACCUGGGGAAGCAUGGACUCUUUAGCCCGCUUAGUUCUCUAUGGAGUCAGCUUGCUCCUUUCUGGUUCAGUUGAUGGUGCCAUGGACCUGAUCCUGAUCAAUUCCCUACCUCUUGUGUCUGAUGCUGAAACAUCCCUCACCUGCAUUGCAUCUGGAUGGCAUCCUCAUGAGCCUAUCACCAUAGGAAGGGACUUUGAAGCCUUAAUGAACCAGCACCAAGAUCCACUGGAAGUAAUUCAAGAUGUGACCAGAGAAUGGGCUAAAAAAGUUGUUUGGAAGAGAGAAAAGGCUAGUAAAAUCAAUGGUGCUUACUUCUGUGAAGGGCGAGUUCGGGGACAGGCCAUAAGGAUACGGACCAUGAAGAUGCGCCAACAAGCUUCCUUCCUACCAGCUACUUUAACUAUGACGGUGGACAGGGGAGAUAAUGUGAACAUAUCUUUCAAAAAGGUCUUGAUGAGAGAAGAAGAUGCAGUGAUUUAUAAAAAUGGUUCCUUCAUUCAUUCGGUGCCCCGGCAUGAAGUCCCUGACAUUUUAGAAGUUCACCUUCCUCAUGCUCAGCCCCAAGAUGCCGGAGUGUACUCAGCCAGGUACAUAGGAGGAAACCUCUUCACCUCGGCUUUCACCAGGCUGAUUGUGCGGAGAUGUGAAGCUCAGAAGUGGGGACCUGAAUGCAACCGUGUCUGUACUGUUUGUAUGAACAAUGGUGUCUGCCAUGAAGAUACUGGAGAAUGCAUCUGCCCUCCUGGGUUUAUGGGAAGGACAUGUGAGAAGGCUUGUGAGCUGCACACAUUUGGCAGAACUUGUAAAGAAAGAUGUAGUGGACCCGAGGGAUGCAAGUCCUACGUGUUCUGUCUCCCAGAUCCUUAUGGGUGUUCUUGUGCCACAGGCUGGAAGGGUCUGCAGUGCAAUGAAGCAUGCCAGCCUGGUUAUUAUGGCCCAGACUGCAAACUUCAGUGCAGGUGCACCAAUGGGGAGCUGUGCGAUCGCUUCCAAGGAUGUCUCUGCUCUCCAAGACGGCAAGGGCUUCAGUGUGAGAAAGAAGGCACUCCAAGGAUAACUCCAAAAAUAGAAGAUUUGCCAGGCCACAUAGAAGUAAACAGUGGUAAAUUUAAUCCCAUUUGCAAAGCAUCUGGUUGGCCUCUACCUACUAAUGAAGAAAUGACCCUGGUAAAGCCAGAUGGAACAGUGCUCCAUCCCAAAGACUUUAAUCAUACAGGUCUCCUCUCGGUGGCCACAUUCACCAUGGACCGAAUCCUGCCCCCUGACUCGGGAGUCUGGGUCUGCAGUGUGAACACAGUGGCUGGGAUGGUGGAAAAACCUUUCAACGUUUCUGUGAAAGUUCUUCCAAAGCCCCUGAAUGCCCCAAAUGUGAUCGACAUUGGACAUAACUUUGCUGUCAUCAACAUCAGCUCAGAACCUUACUUUGGGGAUGGACCAAUCAAAUCCAAGAAGCUUCUGUACAAACCUGUAAAUCAUUAUGAGGCUUGGAGACAUAUUCAAGUGACAAAUGAGAUUGUGACCCUCAGCUACUUGGAACCCCGAACAGAAUAUGAGCUCUGCCUGCAGCUGGUGCGGCGUGGAGAGGGAGGGGAAGGCCACCCUGGACCCGUGCGACGGUUCACAACAGCUUCUAUCGGUCUCCCUCCUCCAACAGGUCUCACUCUCCUACCAAAAAGCAAACACUCUCUAAAUUUGACCUGGCAACCAAUACAUAAAGACUCUUUAAAUAUUGAUGAUGACUUGUAUGUUGAAGUAGAGAGGAGGUCUGUGCAAAGGAGCAAUGAUCAGCAGAAUAUAAAAGUACCAGGCAACUUGACUUCAGUGCUACUUAACAAUUUGUUGCCCAGGGAGCAGUAUGUGGUUCGAGCCAGGGUCAACACUAAAGCCCAAGGAGAAUGGAGUGAAGAUCUCACAGCUUGGACCCUUAGUGAUGUUCUUCCUCCUCAACCAGAAAAUAUUAAGAUUUCCAACAUCACAGACUCCUCAGCUAUGAUUUCUUGGACAAUCUCGGAUGGCUUUUCUAUUUUUUCUAUUAUCAUCCGUUACAAAGUUCAGGGAAAGAGUGAAGACCAACACAUCGAUGUGAAAAUCAAGAAUGCUACCAUCACCCAGUAUCAGCUCAAGGGUCUUGAACCUGAAACAGCUUAUUUGGUGGACAUUUUUGCAGAGAACAACAUAGGUCCAAGCAACCUGACCUAUUCUCAUGAACUGAUAACUCUCUCUAAAUCUCAAGCACUAGGGGACCUUGGAGGCGGGAAGAUGCUGCUCAUAGCCAUCCUCGGCUCUGCAGGAAUGACCUGCCUGACGGUGCUGUUAGCCUUUCUGAUCAUGUUGCAACUGAAGAGGGCAAAUGUCCAAAGGAGAAUGGCACAAGCCUUCCAAAACGUGAGGGAAGAACCAGCUGUGCAGUUCAACUCAGGAACUCUGGCCCUGAACAGGAAGGCCAAAAACAACCCGGAUCCUACAAUUUAUCCAGUGCUUGACUGGAAUGACAUCAAAUUUCAAGAUGUGAUUGGGGAGGGGAAUUUUGGCCAGGUUCUUAAGGCACGCAUCAAGAAGGAUGGGUUACGGAUGGACGCUGCCAUCAAGAGGAUGAAAGAAUAUGCCUCCAAAGAUGACCACAGAGACUUCGCGGGAGAACUGGAGGUUCUGUGCAAACUGGGACAUCACCCAAACAUCAUCAAUCUCCUGGGAGCCUGUGAACACCGUGGCUACUUGUACCUGGCCAUCGAGUACGCCCCCCACGGCAACCUCCUGGACUUCCUGCGCAAGAGCCGUGUGCUGGAGACCGACCCGGCCUUCGCCAUCGCCAACAGCACCGCCUCCACGCUGUCCUCCCAGCAGUUGCUUCAUUUCGCAGCGGAUGUGGCCCGUGGCAUGGACUAUUUGAGCCAAAAACAGUUUAUUCACAGGGAUCUGGCAGCCAGGAAUAUUUUAGUCGGUGAAAACUAUGUAGCCAAAAUAGCAGAUUUUGGACUGUCCCGAGGCCAAGAAGUGUAUGUGAAAAAGACAAUGGGUCGGCUCCCAGUGCGCUGGAUGGCCAUCGAGUCACUGAAUUACAGCGUGUAUACCACCAACAGUGAUGUGUGGUCUUAUGGCGUGUUACUGUGGGAAAUUGUCAGCUUAGGUGGCACCCCCUACUGCGGAAUGACAUGUGCAGAACUCUAUGAGAAGCUGCCCCAGGGCUACAGACUGGAGAAGCCCCUAAACUGCGAUGAUGAGGUGUAUGAUUUAAUGAGACAAUGCUGGAGGGAGAAGCCAUAUGAAAGACCCUCAUUUGCUCAAAUACUGGUGUCCUUAAACAGGAUGCUAGAAGAACGAAAGACCUACGUGAACACCACCCUCUAUGAGAAGUUUACCUAUGCAGGAAUCGACUGCUCUGCUGAAGAAGCAGCUUAGCGCAGCUCAUCUUCUUCGGCAUGCUGUUUCCCCUUAACCGGCAGAGAGACUUUCAUCCAUGGACGCCAAGCCAACAAGCAAGACUCUUCCAGGAGAUGUGACAUAGAUGUGUAAAUAUAUUUCUGUAUGUCUGGGACCUUCACCACAAACACCCCCCCCACCCCAACCCCCCGAGAGUGGGUCUAGAAUACACUCUAACUCUCGUCGGACUGUACAUACUGUUUUCAGUAAGAAUGUGCUGACUCAGAAUGCCUGAUUGGUUUCAUAUGCAAUAAUAUAUUUUUUUCUAAAAAAAAAAAAUGUGGACUUUGUAGGAAGGUGUGAGAAUACAACUACUGUAAUGCAUAAUUCAUUAUUCUAGAUAUUUUUGUAUUUACCUUUAUAUUAGGUUAUAUAAAAUGUUUUGUUGUGUAGAAGUAAAAUCUUGUUAAUAAACCUAACAAUACCCUGACACCACAGGUGAAGGAAAUGGAUUAUUUCUGACAGAAUAUGGAUUGCAUGUGAGAGACUGAAAAUUUCAAGUGAUGGUGAAAGCUUCUAUCUCAUUGUUUCCCCUCGCCUGAGGGAAAUACUUUUUCCAUGUGUUUCCAGAGCCCACAGUCAGUUCAGAGUUCAUCUAGAAAUAGAACUAAAUUUCAUUCCUUGGAAGCCUAGUAAUCUUUAGAAAACAAGUUUAAUUGAAAACUUUAUGGAAUUUAGUUUCUCUGGUAUUUUUAAGAAAUAAAAGUAGGAGGUUUGGAGUUAUAUUUAGGAGACAUGUGGCAUUUGUUUUAUAUUGUUUUGUUUGGGGGCCACACCUAGUGAUGCUCAGAGGUUAUUUCUGGCUCUGAACUCAGGAAUCAUUUUUAGCAGUACUCAGUCAACAUUAUGUGAUAUUGGGGAUCAAACUCUGGUCAGUCGCAUGCAAGGCAAGUGGCUUGCCCACUAUACUCUCUCUCCAGUCUGACAUCUGGCAUUUGUGAUAUCAGAUUAACAUCCUUAUGUGUAUUGCAUAGUGUCAAAAUUUUAAUUUUGAUUAGUUGUGAGAGUAUCAUUUAUACUAAAGGCAGAUGUUGCAGUGAGAUGACUUAAUAAAUGAAUAAAUAUUUUUCCUUUCACUUUUCUGUUCAGAAAUAUUUUUAUAGGGUCAGUCAAAUGUCUUUAUUCAACUUUAUUGUUCUGGGGUUUUUUUGGGGGGGGCGACUUUUGUUUUGAGCCACACAACUUACUCCUGGUUCUGCUCCCAGAGAUCACUCCUGGCAGGCUCAGGAGACCACAUGCAGUAUCAGAGGCUGAACCCAGGUCAACUGCAUGCAAGGCAAGCACUCUACCUGCUGUAUCAUGGCUCCUGUCCCCAUUACACUUUAAAUAGAAACAUCUUCAAUUAUCCAUUUUUAGCUUGUCGCUAUCAUGUACGUAGGCCAGUUUAUGAGUUCAUGUCACCUGGUAUGGUGUUUUCAAAUUCAUAAGAUAGAAGGCAAAGAGUCAGAGACGUAACUCACAUGGCUAGAACAUAUGCACUGCAUGUAGGAGGUCUGGGUUUGAUUCCCAACGCAUCUGGUUCUCUGAGUACCGCUAAGUGUCAGCCCCAAACAGAAACAGAACAGAAAUACAAUAGGCAACAUCUAGAAGUGUUUUGCUGCCCACUUGUUCUCUUGUAAAGGACUUUUUAGUGGUGCUCCCAUCUGAACCGAAGACUUCAAAUUGGAGUCCUUCUUAGUCACUACAUGCUGAGUAGAGUUCUACAUACAAUCCAUAUUCCUGCUAGCCAAUGAACUUGAUUACUCAUAAAUGAUCAGGAAACUAAAUUUGUUACAGCUAUUAUGGAAAAUAUAACUAUUAAUGCAUGUUUUUAUAAUAAUUCUACCUUGACUAUAUCUAUAAUAAAAAGUUUUACCACUGUCUGACAUUAAGUAAAUAAGAGAGAUAACAAAGGUAUCUGUGUUAGCAAGAAAAAGAAUAUUCAGAGAUAAUUCAUAUUUAUUUAUUAGUUAAAUAAACAUACCCCAGGUUUAUUAUGGCAGCAAACCUAGGGUAUAUUUACUGGACGCAUAAUAAUAUUCUGUCAAAAGAACAGUAAGCAUGAGACCAUAGUAUUAAGUACUCUGUGACUCACUUAUACUAUUGGCAAAGACAAUUCUGUAGUUUGUAGCAAAUUAAUGCAUUAAUAUUAAAAAUUAAAGGACUUUUCUUAAAACUAAGCAAUCAAAUUGAAUAAAGCUAUGUAAUCUCCAUAAAGCAAUCACAUUAUCAAAUAGCAAGUAAGAACUAACCUGUUAAAGAGAUAAAUCAGGUAUAUUGGGAAUAUAGAUU